UCUCCAGUAUGCUGCAAUUUUUUCCGUCUUCUUUUUGUACUUUGGUGUGUACUGUUUGAGUUGAAUAAACAUAAAAGCAAGAAAAUACUAAUGUGAAUUAGAAUUUUACUCCCUUAUGGUUUGAACAUUGUUCCCCAUGCAAAAUCUCUUCAAUUGUUGUUUGAAGGAUUCCUUCUGGCAUCUUCAUCCCAAAUCCCGAAUACUGAAAAUAGAAGAUUUGUGAUCAAAUUUAAAUUUUAAUUAGGUUGUGUUCAAGUGGUAAUGGAGGUAUGAAGAGAUUUGAAGAGGAAUUGUUAUGGUUUUGGUUGACAAUAAUGAUGUGAGCACUACAUAAGCUUGCUAAUUAUUAUGCUUGUAAUAUCGUACUGCUGUUUAUUGGCUUGUUUAUUGUGCACAUACCUGCUGUUUAUUGUGCACAUACCUGUUUUAUAUUCUCCUAUAUCAACUGGGUUGUUGAAAUGGUAUUUCUAUUAUUCACUCAAACACAUGAAAACAACACAUUCGUCUUACCGUGCUGCUGCUUUCUCCACUUCCUUGCUCUUCGAUGAUACUCAGAUUCAGUUCAAAGAAAGUGUUUCUCAAUUUUCAACGGAACACAUUGCACCUCAUGCUUCAAAAAUAGACCACACAAAUUAUUUUCCAAAGGAGAAAAGCAUGGGAGAAUUUAACCUUCAUGGGAUUACUGCACCAGAGGAAUAUGGAGGGCUUGGUCUCGGUUACUUGUAUCACUGUAUAGCAAUGGAAGAGAUAAGCCGUGCUUCAGGAUCUGUUGGCCUUUCUUAUGGUGCUCAUUCAAACCUGUGUAUCAAUCAACUGGUAACUGAAUGGAGCUUAAGUCUCAUUCGUUGUAUGUUUGGUGAUAAUCUGACAAGCCUUUAGGAUUGCAUCUUUUGUUUCGUUUAGAUGAGGAAUGGAAACCCGGAUCAGAAGCAGAAAUACUUGCCAUGUGAAUUCAUGUAACUGUUGUGUACUACACAUAAAUGCACUGCAUUCUUGUUUUUUGUUUACAAAUGCAAAUAAAGUGUAUAUAGAUUCACUUACAGGUGGACCAAUAUGUUGUUACAAAUGCAAAUAGAGUACAUAAUUAAUUCCUCCCGUUAUUCAGUUUUUUAA